AAUGCCAUAAACGAUGUUUGAUAUAAAAGCACCUUUACUUCAAAGUUCUAUCAACAGUCUCGUGUUUACAGUCAAAUCGGUUUCAAACAACAUUAUGAAUUUUAAUAAAAUCUUUGUGGUUGUUGUCCUGAUAUUGGCAAUUAAUAUGGUUCAAGCCAGGCCUGACAUUUGGAAGGACCUCGAACGCGUUGGUCAGCACGUUCGGGAUGCUACUUUACAGAUCUUAGAAAUUGGUCAAAAGGCAGCUAAUGUGGUCGACACUUUUCGCGGCAAAGAAGAACCGAAUGAUAUGUAAAAAUAAAGAUCCAUAAAUCAUUAACACA